GGUAGGUGCAUGUUCAGCUGGACGCAGCAAAAUCCUCUUCAGACUUUGAUCAGAGCUGCUGGAGACGAAGCAAAUCGGCUGACAACACUCGGUGUGAAAAGAGAGUCACAAGUUCUCCAGCAGCUGGAAAGAGUGGAAACACAGGUUGUGAUGGCAGUGGCUCAGUGGCCCUUCGUGGCUGCUGUGCUGCUCCUCGUCUCCUCGGGGCUCGUCUCCUCCUCUCCCCUGCCUGCCUGCCCGGAGCCCUGCACCUGUCAGAGAGCCCCCCUGUUGAACUGUUCCUCCUCUGGCCUUUCCCUGGUACCCCAACACAUCCAGGACUCUGUCACCGAGCUAGACUUGUCUCACAACCUCCUUGUCUCUGUAACACUCGACCGGCAGCAUCAUUACCUAAGGAAUGUAUGGCUGGGAAACAACAGUAUCACACGCUUGUCUCUCUGCAUGAAGAGAGACUCGGCAGGCCGUCAUGUCAGGGGGAGACAGCUACAUGGCUUGAAACCUUGGAGCAGACAUGGAUGUGUAUCGUGGGCCCCCACCCUGCAGCUGCUAUCUGUUGAGAGGAAUCUGCUAGAGGAACUCCCAGAGGGGCUGGAAGCUACUGAGUCCUUGCAGGUUCUGCAGCUCUCCUUCAACAGGAUCUCGACCCUCCAACCAGGGGAUCUCAGCCCUCUUUGGCAGCUAAAAGAGCUCCACCUACAACAUAAUCUCAUCACAAGACUCCAUCCACAGAUGUUCCAGGAUUUAGCCCAGCUGCGGGUCCUCGAUCUGAGCUUCAACAUGUUGACCAGUCUUCAUCCUCUGACGUACCUUUCUCUGCGUAACAUCGGGGCGGAUGUUAGGCUGGAUGGCAACAGGUGGCAAUGUGACUGCAGCAUGCGCAGUCUCCGAAGGCGGCUGGCCUAUGAUAGCAGCAGAGGCCUGCGGUCCUGGAGUGUAGUGUGUGCUUCCCCCUCCGUCCACUCGGGCAGAGACCUUCUGCAGUUGGAGGAGGAUGACCUGAACUGUUUUGGCAGUGAAAACAGACCAGAGCUCCACCAAGAUGUGACGGUUUACAGUGGGUCUGAGAUACUGCUGUCUUGUUCUGCACAAGGUAAUAGUAAAAAAAAAAUGUGUAAAAUAACUUAAUCCAUACAUAAUAUAACAAUGUGUGUCAGGCCAACUGCGUGUUAAUGUUGUCUGUAUUGUAGACUCAGUGUGGUGGACACCCAGCGGUCAAGCAUCUGCAAGCCGACCUCAGGAUGAUCUGCUCAUCACUGACAUCACAGAGAGAGACACGGGACUGUAUGUGUGUGUGUCUGAGGAACAUGAAGUUGGAUCUGUUUUUAACCUCCAAAUCAGUAAAAUAGAAGGUAAUAGAAGAAAACCAAGAAGUUUACCGCAAGGCACCCCAAACAGGAUAGGUCAAGAAAGAAAUCAGAGAGCUGCUCAGUGUAACUUGGCUCUGGCUGUGUGUCUGUCUGUUUUCAUCACGUUUCUGAUAGCCUUCAUCAUCGGAGUCCUGGCGAGACCAUAUAUAGAUAUUCUUUGGAGAAGGGUCACCAAAAAGAAAAGGUCCACUGAAACCAACUCCGCCUCAGACGUAGAACAAAGACAAUAUGACAAUGAGGCCUACUCCAAUGGUGAGGAACCAGAAGUCCCUAGUUCUCGUAGGGAAAGGAGAGUCACAUUUAGCGAUGUAGACAUUCGAGAAAACACCAAUGUACAAUAUUAUGAUACUGUAGCCAGUGGUGAUCAGGAAAGCCUCUAUGAUGAUGCAGUGUUUGAACGUGAAGCAGCAAAGGCUGAGAGGGAUAGGCAUACAGCUGAAGAUUCAGAGAGUGAGAGCAGCUCACGGCAGAGUAGUCCAGAGAAAAACCGGAGAGAUCUCUCCAAUGCAGGCCGCAAACUUAACAUAGAGUUCGAACACAUCCCAGACCCUGAUGAGCUGGAAAAAAGGAGAUCUUCCUCUUCAUCAUCAGAUUCUUCACUCUCUGGGAAAGAAGACAGAAUAACCCAGAGAGACCUAACAAGACCCAAGUCUCCUCAGCUAGCAAAGGGCUCUGUUCAGCAGAGAGCUGACUUCUUGCCAGGCAGAACAGUAGAGCUGCCACAAAUUUCCACAGAGGGCAGUGAAAAUCUUGAAUUUUCUUCCGAGCCCUUUGCAGAUUGGUCACCACACGCAAAGAACCCCAACUUAACAGACUCUGAUCUGUGGCAGGAGAAUGACGAACAAUUUGAAUUUAGCGAUUCUGUUCGAAGCAGCUCUCCAAGAUCCAGCAGUGUUCAUGGGUCAUUUAAUGACUCAAAACUGAUUGUGGCACCCACUCCAAAUAAACAGAAGAGGGAUGAUACAUCCAGCUCCAGCUCCAGCUCUUAUGUCAGCGAGGGUGAGCCGACAGAAUACACUGUGAACUUAGACCCAGUGAAUGAGAAGGAUACAGAAAGUAACCACAAUAAACCUGAGGUUACUAUCAUGCCUUCAUUGGGAUUUAAUCAGGGUGAUUACAGAUAUGACCCACAAAGGCCAACAGGGAGACCAAAGGGCUCCUUUUCCUCUCAUUCCAGUGACAGUGAUGGGGAAAACCACACAGGCAAAAAAGAAAAAGAUACAAGAGAGGCGGACACACAGAAAAAAGUUGUACCCAUGCCACGCACAAAAUUCCGUGAACCCAGUUCGGGUGUAAUUAAUCACGGUAAAAAAACCAGGGCACCUCCACCACCUGUAGCUCCUUCAUCCUCUUCAAGCAGUGAAAGUGAAGCAGAAAUCAAAGACCUGAAAGUGGAUGAGGGGAUCAAAAUCAGUGAGCCAAAAAUACAGUCAACCAAGCUGGAUCCCCAAAUUAAGAGGAGCUUGGAUAUCAAAGCCAGACUACCAGUUUCUGAUUCUUCAUCUAGCAGUGACAGUGAAGCUGAAACAACAGGCCACAGAAAGAAACAGGAGCAAGGACAGACCAACAUGGCAAGACCUCCAAUUAAAGUACCUCAACCUGCAAGUCAUGACCCACAAACACAGUGGCCAGUCCUAGAUCUUGAGCAUACAACAGGUAUCAAGAGGCGUCUGGACAUAAAAUUACCAUCACUGGCUACUGAGUCAUCCUCUAGUAGUGACAGUGAGGAUGAAAAAACAGGCCACAUAAAGAAACAGGAGCAAGGACAAACUAACGUGGAAAGGCUUCCAAUAAAAGUAUCUAGUGUCAGAGCACCAAGACCUGACUCUGAGUCAUCUUCUAGUAGUGACAGCGAAGCUGAAAAAACGGGGCAAAAACAGAAGCAGAUGCUAGGCAAGGUGGACAGUGGAGACCCUCCAUUUCGGGUAUCUCAAACUGUAAAUCUUGACCUACAAACACAGUGGCCAGUCCUAGAUCUUGGUAAUACUGCACACAUCAAGAGGCGCCUGGAUAUCAAAGCACCUUCACCUGACUCUGAAUCUUCGUCAUCUAGCAGUGACAUUGAGAAUGAAAAAAAUGGUCACAUAAAGAAACAGGAGCAAGGACAAACCAAUGUGGGAAGGCUUCCAAUUACAGCAUGGCAACCUAAAAUCAAAGCACAAAAACCUGGCUCUGAAUCGUCUUCCAGUAGCGACAGUGAAGCUGAAAGAGCAGGUCACAUAAAGAAACAGGAGCAAGGACAGACCAACAUGGCAGGUCUUCCAAUUAAAGUAUCUCCAAGUGCAAGUAAUGACCCACAAACACAGUGGCCAGUCCUAGAUCUUGGGCAUACAACACGCAUCAAGAGGCGUCUGGAUUUCAAAGUACCAUCACCAGCUUCUGAGUCGUCAUCAUCUAGUAGUGACAGUGAAGAUGAGAAAACUGGCCACAUUAAGAAACAGGAGCAAGGACAAACCAACAUGGUAAAGCUUCCAAUAAAAGCAUCUCAACAUAGUAUCAAAGAACCAAAACCUGAUUCUGAUUCAUCUUCAAGUAGUGACAGUGAAGCUGAAACAACAGGCCACACAAAGAAACAGGAGCAAGGGCAAACCAAUAUGGCAAGGCUUCCAAUAAAAGUAUCUCAAACUGCAAGUCAUGACCCCAAAACACAGUGGCCAGUCCUAGAUCUUGAGCAUACAACACGCAUCAAGAGGCGUCUGGAUAUCAGAGUACCAUCGCAGGCUUCUAAGUCAUCCUCUAGUAGCGACAGUGAGGAUGAGAAAACUGGCCACAUUAAGAAACAAGGGCAAGGACAACCCAACAUAGUAAAGCUUCCAAUAAAAGUAUCUCAAACUAAUGUCAAAGCUCCAAGACCUGACUCUGAGUCAUCUUCCAGUAGUGACAGUGAAGCUGAAAAAACAGGGCAAAAAAAGAAGCAGAUUCUAGGCAAGGUGGACAGUGGAGGCCCUCCAUUUCAGGUAUCUCAAACUGUCAAUCCUGACCUACAAACACAGUGGCCAGUCCUAGAUCUUCAGCAUACUACACAUAUCAAGAGGCGUCUGGAUAUCAAAGCACCUUCACCUGACUCUGAAUCUUCAUCAUCUAGCAGUGACAGUGAGAAUGAAAAUACUGGUCACAUAAAGAAACAGGAGCAAGGACAGACCAACACGGUAAAGCUUCCAAUAAAAGUACCUCAACGUAGCAUCAAAGCACCAAGACCUGACUCUGAGUCAUCAUCUAGCAGUGACAGUGAAGCUGAAACAACUGGCCAAAUAAAGAAACAGGAGCAAGGGCAGACCAACACGGCAAGACUUCCAGUGAAAGAAUCCCAAACUGCCAGUACUGACCUACAAACACAGUGGCCAGUCCUAGAUCUUGAGCAUACAACACGCAUCAAGAGGCGUCUUGAUAUCAAAGCACCUUCACCUGAGUCUGAAUCAUCAUCUAGCAGUGACAGUGAGGAUGAAAAAAGUGGUCACAUAAGGAAACAGGAGCAAGGACAAGCCAACAUCACAAAGCUUCCAAUAAAGGUAUCUCAAACUAAUGUCAAAGCAUCAAGACCUGACUCUGAGUCAUCUUCCAGUAGUGACAGUGAAGCUGAAACAACAGGCCAGUGGCCAGUCCUAGAUCUUGGGCAUACUACACGCAUCAAGAGGCGUCUAGAUUUCAAAGCACCAUCACCAACUCUGAUAACUGGCCACUUAAAGAGACAGGAGCAAGGACAAACCAACGUGGGAAGGCCUCCAAUUACAGAAUGGCAACCUAAAAUCAAAGCACAAAAGCCUGGCUCUGAAUCAUCUUCCAGUAGUGACAGUGAAGAUGAAACAACAGGCCACAGAAAGAAACAGGAGCAAGGACAGAUCAACAUGGCAGGUCUUCCAAUUAAAGCAUCUCCUACUGCAAGUAAUAACCCACAAACACGGUGGCCUCUCCUAGAUCUUGAGCAUACAACAAGUAUCAAGAGACGUCUAGACAUCAAGGCACCAUCACCAGCUUCUGAGUCGUCAUCAUCUAGCAGUGACAGUGAAGCUGAAAAGACAGGCCACAUGAAGAAGCAGGAGCAAAAACAAACCAACAUGGCAGGGCUUCCAAUUAAAAUAUCUCAAACUAAUGUCAAGGCACCAACACCUGACUCUGAGUCAUCUUCCAGUAGUGACAGUGAAGCUGAACAAACAGGCCGCACAAAGAAACCGGAGCAAUGGCAAACCAAUAUGGCACAGCCUCCAAUAAAAGUAUCUCAAACUACUGUCAAAGCACCAAGACGUGACUUGGAGUCAUCAACUAGCAGUGACAGUGAAGCUGAAACAACAGGCCAAAUAAAGAAACAGGAGCAAGGCCAGACCAACACGUCAAGUCUUUUCGCUAAAGUAUCUCAUACUGCAAGUAAUGAGCCACAGACACGGUGGCCUCUCCUAGAUCUUGAGCACAAGACAAGCAUCAAGAGACAUCUAGAUAUCAAGGCACCAUCACCGGCUUCCAAGUCAUCAUCUAGUAGUGAGAGUGAGGAUGAAACAACACAACACACACACAAGAAGGAGAGGCCAGAGUUGCUGGUAAUUGCAGGUCUUCCAUUUACAGUAUCUAAAACAGUGAGUCGUGAUCCAGAAAAACAGUGGCCAGCUGUAGAUCUUGGUAAUACCACUCGCAUCAAGAGACGUUUGGACAUCAAAGCCCCAUCACCAGCUCCUCAGGCAUUAGUAAGUAGUGGGAGGGAGGGGAAGAGAGAGGAAGCCAACAAAGUGAGUUCCUCUUCCUCAUCGAGCAGCUCAGACGAGCAAGAAGAGGAUAUUCAAGGUUUCAUCAAGUCCCCACAAACAACAGAACCAAUGCCACAUCCAGAUUCAAGAUGGCCUCCACUGGGCCUUAGCAGUGCACCUCCACCUGACUCUUCCAGCAGUAGUGAGAGUGAAGGCAAGAUUACAGACCUACCUAUAAAAGUGGAAAGGGACAGGACUACUGUGGGAAUUACAAAUAAUCCACACCAGACAAACUUGGAUAUGAGUAUCCCCCUUGUCAAGAGACGCAUUGAUAUCAAAGCACCUUCACCACAACCAGAUCCGAUUCAGAGUCGUGUGUCUCUUGGGUCUCAACAAUCCAACUCUUCCACAAGUGAUAGUGAAGAUGAAAACCAUAGCAGACUAGGACUGGGUUCAUCUACCAUAUCAAAGGCCACAGAGAAGAAGUUCAAUUGGUCUCCAAAGAUCCCAGGGCUACACACUUCUCUCAGUCCACAGACAGACCAUGAUAUCAAGUUAUCAAAGUAUACAGUAAUCACAGAUGGUGUAGGGGACAGAACAAGUGACAACAUCAACACAGCACCAGUGGUAACCCCAGAAUUAGAGUCACGAUGGGCUACAAUGAAUCUCGGCAUCUCCCGCUUCAGAAAGCGUCUUGAAAUCACAUCAAAUGAACCCCCAAAUCUGCCCUCAUCACCUCCACCUGACUCCCCCACCAGCAGAACAAGACGAAAGAGAUGGGGAGUAGGAAUCGGAGGAAUCACCCACACACAAUCAUCUACAACCCUAGAGAAGGCUUCUCCCAGUUUGACGGGUCAAGAUGACAACUCAGUGGAGAGUAAAGAAAGAUCAAGUAAAGCCUACAGCCUCCCCAAAACCGAAGAUUCCUCCUCCAGCAGCGAUAGCGAAAAUGAGAGUAAAGGAGGGAGGGGAAGAUCUCAGCUGAAUGACACUAUAGACCACAGUUGGCCUGACCUAAGUCUCGGUGUCCAACACACUAAUAGGAAUUUGAAUAUCAAGGCACGAUCAUCAGAAUCAAGUAGUUCCUCAUCUUCCUCAAGCGAAAACGAACAUGAGGGGACAGGACACAGCGCAAAACAAAGCAGACAUCCAUCAGAUAUGUUAGGAGUGACAGAAAACAGCUCUCUCAUCACUUAUAAACGUCAAAUUUUCAGCAGCCCGACUCCAGACCAUACAAACCAAAGACAAACGGGGGCUGAAAUAUUAAGUGUUGCACAAGGAGGUCCUUUGCUUAGUGUGGGGAUCAGAGAUGAAUCUCUUGCUCCAAGGAGAGUACCCAGUAUGAACUUUGAUGAUGUUGUAAAGAAGAGGAUCGAGCAGUCCAGACACACCACGGAUGUGGACCUGCCGCCUGAGAUAAGGUGGACUGGCAUCGGCCGACAGCCAUCUGACCUUUCUAUCUCCAGUAUGAGGAGAACUCUGGAUAUCAACUCAUCAACUUCAUCUGCACAGCCAGAACUUUCCCUCCUUGACUCCUUCAACUACUCAUCCCUUAGUACAAAAAGCGUUCAUCUUGCAUCCAGCACAGCUAUUGACAAGUCUGACAACUUACCUGACAGCUUAAAUAACGUUUCGAGGGCUGUACCUGAGGACAGGAGACAAAGUAAAGGCCUCAGUGCUCUAAAAGCCAUGUCAUCAGAGAGACAAAAGUGGGACACACAAGCUGAAAAUUUAGAUAAGGGUGCAUCUUCUCUAUUUGAUGACCCACAAUUUGACAACAGUUUUUACAAUCAAAGGCCCGAGAAGGACAUCAAGCCCCCUGAGAAAAGAGCGACAGAUUUGUGGUAUGACAUUCCCCACUACAGGAGGCAUGACAUUGGAGGUAUUGAUCAAAUGCAGGAGAUGCCACCUCCUCUUCCAGCAACACCACCACCAGAUGAGGCAGUAGAGCUUAAAUGGGGGUCUCCACAGAGCAGUAUGAAACAAGGGUUUGCAGGCACCAGAUCCUAUCUUCAACUGAACAGGAACAGAGUGGAGCUUGACCCUUCUUCAAAUACAUCGCAAAGCCUGACAGGCUAUUUUGACCCCAUUAACACAAACAUUAGUCAUGUUUAAUAAAGAAGUCAGAAGUCAUUAUAUCUUAAAAAAUGACAAAACAAGCACAAUUCAUACAUUUGCUUUUGAAUCAUGAAAAUAUUAGUAAUUACUGGAUAUUCUAGUUUACACUUACUAAAAGGGCUCUAUGGAAAUUGGGAGUUAUGCCUGAAGCCUGUCGUUAGAGUUCAUGUUACUGGACUCGAGAGCGUGCCUAGAGUCAAAUCCUUUGGACUGUCGCAGAAACUCUGACUCCGAGUCCUUCACAAAGAAAUCCGUGGUGCAGCAUCAUUAAACAACUUAAAGACAAUGCCCACAGGCUUGAAUAGGCAAUAGAGGGAGGUGGAAAAGGUCUCAUUUUUCACGUCAAGUUGCAACACACUUGCAUAAGGCCAUUAAAAAAAGUGAAUAAUACAUGUAAAUUGCUACAAAUUGUUACGUAGAGCAUGAAAUGAAUUGUAAAUACUAUCCAUUUAUUGUGUGAAACUUACUGUGUGAAACUGUUUUAGAGUUCAGUAGAGGACACCAUAUUUAUCUUUUCAGAUAUGCCUUAUUUCUGUUAAAAAUGUCUUCAUUCAAAUAUUUAUCAAUCAGAAACAUGUCUUCCUAAGCAAUUUAGCAAGAAUCUAAAUAUUUCUUGUCAUGCAUUAUUAAUACACUUAAGAGAACUUAAUGAAACCAUAUCUCUGAACAAUUUGAUGCAGAUCUUUCAUUUGUUGUGAUAAUUACAACUAAAUAAUAACAACAGCAAUGAUAAUAUAACUAAUAGCACUAAAUGUUUUCUUGUUAUGGACAAACUAUUAACUAAAGAACCCAAUUAUAAGCCAGUAAGUUAAUAAACCCUUUUAUUUAUGUAUAUAGACAUAGGUUAUAGUGAAAACAGACAUAUAGACACUUACAUAGUUUACAUACAUAUAUACAGUUGGGACAAGGGUGUUCAUCCUCCUGCAUUGUCAUGGGAGAAUACUAAAACAUUGACCUCUACACAGUAUUUGGUAAGCAAUCCAACAACUACUCCAAUCAUAGAUGUUAUGCUGAUGGUUGACACGUUGUAAUGACAAUAGAGGCUUUCAUACAGUUCAGCAGCAGUGGAUGUCAAUGAUACAUGAGCUGAUGUGUGUUAUCUUCACAACAAAUUGAAAUGUGUAUUUGUAUGUGUAUCAUGACAGUGUGGUGUAAAAGUUGCAAAACAAGUUAUGAUCUUCCAAUAAAUAAAAUUAGAUCCUGUA